UUUGUUCUCCAUACAUAUAUUUACUGAUGAUGGCAUUUCAUCUUCAUUCAUAAAGUGUUCAGUCAGCAGCAGUCGAACGGGCGACAUGCAUUAUCGAUUUUUGCCGUGAUAUCUCGCUUACACUUACACGUUUAUCUGCUAAGCCUGACAAGAAUAACUUGCAUAAAACAAACAUCAUCUCGGUAACAUAAACAAAUCGGUGUGAAUCCAAAAAGUUUGAUUGAGUCAGAAAACUGAUAGAUUUUACCAGCAGGAAGUGAACAGUGAUAGAUGUUAUCGUCGACAUAUGAAAUGAGUGAUGAUUGUGCGUAAUAUUCUAGAUUUUUCAUUAGAAAAGAAUAAUCAGCAAUAGUUGAAAGAUUGCUUUUCAAGGGGAAGUGCUGUGCGAAGUGGAUUUCCUUCCUAAAGAAUCUUUUUAGAUGAUGCAAGUACUCACUAUGAUGAAUCUCGGCAAAUCGCACACAUCAUCGACGGCAGUGCGGGCGCUGCUCCUGCUAGCUCUAGCUCUAGCCAACUUCCAGACGGCUUGCAGCGAAUUGUUCACGGCACUGGCCGACAUGGAAGAACUGAUGGAAACGGAGGUCGUACUGAUGACCAAUCUGGAAAAGUACAUUCGCGUACAGGAGGACAAGCUGGAGCUGCUGCGGCGAAAGUAUGCCGAAUACCAGCGCGAGCAUGCAGAAGCCGCGAAAGACGUCAGCGCGUAUCUGUCCAAUCCGGUCAACGCAUUUUUGCUGACCAAACGCCUUACGACCGAUUGGCGAGAGGUGGAAAACCUCAUGUCCUACGAUGUGGGUGCAGAUUUCCUGGAAAACGUUACCAACUACAGAGAUGUUCUCAAGUUUCCUUCGGAUGAGGAUCUAAAUGGGGCGGCCGUAGCCCUGAUGCGGCUGCAAGACACGUACAAAUUGAACACAGCUUCGGUGGCUCGUGGCGAAUUGAACGGCGUACAGUACCGAACCGAAAUGUCAGCCGGUGAUUGUUUCGAAGUCGGCCGGCAAACAUACCUGAACGGAGACUAUUACCACACGAUGCUGUGGAUGCGAGAGGCAAUGAAUCGGCUCUCGCAGGAGGUUAACCGAACGACGACGAAGGCCGACGUGUUGGAGUAUCUGGCAUUUUCCACCUUCAAGGAAGGAAACAUGCAAACCGCAUUGCUAAUGACCAAUGAGCUGCUUGAACUUGUGCCAAAUCAUGAGCGUGCAAUUGGCAACAAAGCUUACUACGAAAAGGAACUGGCGAAGGAAGCCAACCAGAAAGCUCUCCGCGGGGACGAUGGAAGCGAAGAUGUCCCGGUAGAUACAACCACCCAAAUUCGCACGGACAUGGGCCCGAACGCCUAUGACACGUCGGAACGAAAGUUGUACGAACAGCUGUGCCGGGGUGAAGCCAAUCGGACGGUGGCGUACUUGUCCAAGCUGACGUGUCGAUACGUAACCAAUAAUUCUGCGUUCCUCAAGUUAGCACCACUGAAGCUGGAAGAAGCUCACCUGAAACCGUACAUCGUUAUCUACCAUGAUGUUAUGUCCGAUCAAGAGAUCGAAGUUAUGAAGAGAUUGGCUAAGCCACGGUUCCGUCGGGCGACGGUUCAGAACUACAAAACUGGCGAACUGGAAGUCGCCAACUAUCGGAUCAGUAAAUCGGCCUGGCUGAAGGACGAGGAGCAUCCGUACAUUAGGGCGAUCGGACAGCGUGUGGAAGAUAUGACGGGCCUGUCAAUGUUGACGGCCGAAGAGCUGCAGGUUGUCAACUAUGGCAUUGGCGGUCACUACGAACCGCAUUUUGAUUUCGCACGGAGGGAGGAGAAGAAUGCAUUUAAAAGCCUGGGAACGGGAAACCGUAUUGCGACCGUACUAUUCUAUAUGAGUGACGUGACACAAGGUGGAGCCACCGUGUUUCCAAGCAUACGGACAGCGCUAUGGCCGAAGAAGGGAACCGCGGCUUUCUGGUAUAACCUUCAUGCGUCCGGAAAUGGCGACUACGCAACACGCCAUGCUGCCUGUCCUGUGCUGACCGGUACUAAGUGGGUCUCCAACAAAUGGAUCCACGAACGGGGCCAAGAAUUUCGUCGCCCGUGUGAGCUGCAACCGGAUCAUCCGGAGGAGUUCUGACAGCGGAUUGUCUACGAGGAUGAACUGGACGAACUGGACCUGGACUAAUAUAUUUUAGCGUAACGUGAAUCUAGACAAGUUGCCAUAUAAGAAGCAUUUCUCAUCCAGCAGUACUAUAGUCACUGUCACCAGUGAUGAUUCCAUUUCGCGAGGGUUGGGCGAAGGAGGAAGUCCUUCGCCGCAACCGAUAGGAUAACCAAUUGAACACCAAAAUUUGCAUUUCUCAUUAGGUUUUUAUCUCUGCUCUCUGCUUUAGUUUUAGAUUCUUAGUCCUAUAGCAUUUUAUUUAAUCAACGAAUCUUCGUAAGCGUAAAGUUGUUCAUUUUAGUAGUGAAUUUCUGUUUCUUCUGUUAUUAUAUGGCAUCAUAAUCUGUUGGCCACAGAUUUGCCACUGCUACUCAAGCGAUGUCUUCAUGAGAUACCUACGCCUAGUUGUAA